AUGAAGGAAGAUCAUGCGUUUAUGGCCUACGACACCAAAUGUCUUACGGCAGUCGUCGCUGAUACCGAACAAAACAAGUUUCUAGUAGGAACUCAAGCUCUCAAACGAGACAAUGAGAUUCACUUGAUUAACUUUCACGAAGAGGAAUUCGAAAUUACUAGUACUGUGUACCAACACGCAGAAGAGGUGUGGGACAUUGCUGCUUGUCCCGCAAAAAUCGAGUCUAACUCAUCACAAACCAAGGCUAAAUUAUGGCGAGCGGGUGGCCCAGAGUUUACCGCGGAAGACCAUAAGCCUCAACUUCCAGCUUCAGUUGCGUCCCAUUUACCCUUGGAAAGUGUUUUUAAGGUUGAAACGGAUUCAAAUAUUAAAAAGGUCCUGUGGGAUUCUUCAAAAGAAUUAACUAAGUUUAUAUCGAUUCACGAUUCAUCCUUCUGUGUCUGGGCCUUUGAUGACCAAUUGGUGUCCGCUAAGGCAUCCAAUACAAUUGACCUUUCAAAAAAUGGAGAUCUUCCUGUAUUAACAACCGGGGUAUGGAAUCCAAAUCGCCCAGAAAUUGCAAUUGGCAAAGAUUGCUCGGUCCAAGGUUGGGAUCUUAGAUCGCAGUGUACUAGCUUUGACAUUGUUGGGGCUCACUCUGCUCUCGUUCGUGCACUGGAUUAUAACCCAAAUAAGCCAUACCAAGUUUCGUCUGCUGGUGAUGAUUGCAAAAUAAGAUUUUGGGAUCUUAGGAAUACCAACGAGAUUCUCAAAGAGAUAUCUGAUCAUACACAUUGGGUUUGGGCUAUUGCUUACAAUCGUUUUCAUGAUCAACUUUUUUUAAGUUCGAGUUCUGACUGCCAAGUGAACCUUCAAAGCAUUGUCUCUCUUUCCUCCGCUGCAUUUCAUUAUAAUGAAGAUGAGGAUACCGAUGAUGAAUAUCAGGAUAUAGUAGGAAAACCAACGGACGGAUUAGUGAGAACUUACGAUCAACAUGAAGAUAGUGUAUACUCAGUUGCUUGGAGUGCUUGUGACCCUUGGGUAUUCUGUUCUUUAUCUUAUGAUGGAAGGGCCGUCAUUAACAGAGUACCAAGCGAGGAAAA